AUGGUGAAUUGUGAGGUAGCAAUGAGACAUAAAGACGGGGUAACUUGUUCCACUAGCAGCCGAAUAUGGCUGCUCCUUGUCCUCGUCCUGCUUCACCUCACUGUCGUGACGACGAGUUUGUUCUGCGAUGCUUGGAAGCCGUCGAAUGUCAACAUCGUCCUGCGAGGAGGAUCAGGCGACAGAGAAAUCAACCAGACAUGCGAUGAUACUGCACCGUAUGAAGAGAUCGUGAAGAUGGUAGAGGAGAUGAAGUCAAGAGUACCUGAUGACAUGGAGGUGUUGUCCGACACUGGAGCUCCUGUGAAGAUGACAAACGACCCAAGGACAAAACAAGCUCUCCGAGAAGAGCUGUACAGCUUCCAGGUAUCUGCAGAGGGUGUGCCAACAGUUGAGGAGGAUGAAGAAUCCGAUGAAGAGGAGGAUGAAUAUGGACCGAUCAUGUUGCUCAAGAAGUUUUGGCGAAGCAAAGAGGUCCAACACCUUUCUCGCUUUACAGAUGGGCAUUUGCUGCCUGAUUUCGAGGUGAGGAGCAGAGGCGUCGUCACAUCUCUGCACCAAUACAGGAGAAAUCCCAAGCCUUUCAAGGAUGCCCUCGUUUUUCAGGACGCAGGAAUGGCCGGCCAGCUGCAGUGCAGACAAGAUCCGAGGCAUGCAGACGUCCAGCCAGCUGCUCCGCGAUCAGAACUGCAGCGAGUUGCCAGCAAGUUCUUUACCACGAGAGACUUUCAGACUCGCUUCGUGACGCUCUUGGAAUUCGUCGCGUUCGAUCCUCUGCAUGCCGGGUUAUGCAAAGUGGCUCACUUCCUCUCCAUAUUUCUUCCCAUGGCAACAACCGCCCGAGUCAUAGCAGUGCUCCAGAGCACCGACCACUACAUUUCGGGCUACUGGAGGAGCGCAAACGACGUCACAGGAGCACGACAGCAAACAGAGGUUGGCGUAAAGGGAUGGUGGAAUGCCUCGAAGGAGAUGUGGAAAACUUUCUCCGGCAAGGCACCGGAAAGUCAAAAACAAAGCAUGACGUCGGUCCGCAGGGCAGCGAUAGAAGAGGAUCAGGCUCUUAUCAACCACCUACAGUCAAAAGAAAUCAACCUCAGGGAUAUCGUUAAGGCAUGGUUUGAAACUAUCUUCUUCGAUAUUUUGCCGUGGCAGGGCAGGUAA